CAUUGAGAACAUGAAUGGACUCCGAUGCUCCGGCGUAGCGGCUUGGUGUGACGUAGUGUGUUUGCAUAACGCAUCCACAGCAGCCCUUGCAUUCUGUCCGUGCGCGUGGAGGAUGGAGGCUGCAUCGCUGCUCGUGUAAGCGCCGGUAAAAAGGCCUUCAUCCUGGACGCGGAGGAUUUCACCAUGAUGUCCUACUACCACCCAGCCAAGGACGCGGACAUGGCGGCGCUGACCGAGCCGCUGUGCCUGGAGAGAGAUGUGUGCAGGGUGAUCGAGCUGCUGGACCGGCUGCAGCGGAGCGGGGAGCUUCCUCCCCCCAAACUCCAGGCCCUGCAGAGAGUCUUGCAGAGUAAAUUCUGUGCUGCCAUCAGAGAGGUUUAUGAGCAGCUGUAUGACACUCUAGACAUUGUUGGAGGACCGGAGGUGCGAGCACAGGCAACUGCCAAGGCCACAGUGGCAGCAUUUGCAGCCAGCGAGGGCCACGCUCACCCAAGGGUGGUGGAGCUGCCAAAGACAGAAGAGGGCCUGGGCUUCAACAUCAUGGGGGGCAAAGAGCAAAACUCCCCCAUCUACAUCUCCAGAGUGAUCCCAGGGGGUGUGGCCGACCGCCAAGGAGGGCUGAAGAGAGGGGACCAGCUGCUGUCUGUCAACGGAGUGAGCGUGGAGGGGGAGCACCACGAGAAGGCCGUGGAGCUGCUGAAAGCCGCCCAGGGUUCGGUCAAGCUGGUGGUCCGCUAUACCCCUAAAGUCCUGGAGGAAAUGGAGGCUCGCUUUGAAAAGAUGAGGAGCGCCCGAAGACGACAGCAGCACACCAGCUACUCAUCUCUGGAGUCCAGGGGCUAGCUGAUCCAAGGCCUCCAUCCACCUUAUCGUCAAACCCUCCUGCCUCUUCUGUUCUAGUCAUAGACGAGACCCUAUUUGCCCUAUUUCUUCGAGUAGUGCAGAGUAAGCUUGUUAGACUGUAAUAUCACCUCUUCAGUGUAGAACCACCCACAGCAUGCUAUUCCAGAAGGGCACGGUAUUCUCUAUAGUGUGGGGCUUAACUAGAACGUAGCGUCUUAUUUUCUCAAGUGUACACUCAGCCGUGUCCAGUGUCUGUAGUUAGACCUCAGUAGCAGAGGAAGCAUGUUGAAACACGGUCUCCAUUGGAUGUCCCAGCUAGAGGGCUAACCAUUAGCAGUAUGAAGAACUACCUUAGUAGCUGGCAAGUGUUAUCUCAGUUAAAGUAUUAAAGUAUUAAAAAACAUAAUUCAUUUGUGUAUUCAUUGAUUUGCAUAAUUAUUUAUGAAAUAAAGUCUUAACUCUUGUGUUCAGUCAACUUUCCUUUUGAAUAUGGGUUAAGUUCCUGGUUUGAGCAAAUAAACCGUUUAUGAUUCUGAUUCUAAUGAUGUAUAAUGUUCCAGUAAACACAGUUGGAGUUGGCUGUGAAGUAGACAUGAAAUUAUUUUUAAAUGAAUAAUCACAUUUGUGAAACCUUGUUUUCUA